AUGGCCGACCCCAGCCUAGUUUACGACUUCUGGAACCAACAGCACUCUAAUUCCACUGAAAUGGUCUUGCUGUCCGAUAUCAAUGUUGCUUCUCCUCUGAAUCAGCAGCAGCAACCCAUUCCUAUCCCAAAACCCAAUAAGCCAAAGGUUCAAACUUCCAGAACGUUCUCCUGCCUUUACUGUUCUCGCAAGUUUUGCACUUCUCAAGCUUUGGGUGGACACCAAAAUGCUCACAAGCGUGAAAGAGCCGCUUCUCGUCGUACUAUGUUCCCGGUCAACAGCACCGACUCCGACACCCGUAAUAUGGUACAUUUCCAUUUUCUUCAAAAAAACAACAACAACAACAACAACAACGACGACAAGCAGGGGCUGGAGCCCAGUUUGAAUAAUUAUCCUCUGAUGACCGGCCAGAUGCUGCCUGAACAUAACAUUAAUCAUACUACUACUACUACUUAUAGUAACCCCUACGCUAAUUACUUUAGCGGCCAGCUCCAAACACCAGCUUCAAACAAUAUCAACGUCUUUAACCCCUUCUCUUCCUCUGACGUUUAUCAUCCUCCUCCACUACCGACUCUUGGAUUUGGCGGUCAUCAUGUCUAUUUUACUAGUGGUGAUGCUACUCUCUCGACUGCACAGGAUUUGUCUUCUAUGGAUAAUAAUCACCAGCUCAAUCUUGACCUUACCCUUCGUUUGUAA